GAGGAAUGUGACAACAAGAAAGAAUUGGUAAAGCAACUUAAAGAGGCGCGAAAGAGAAUUACUUCAUUGGAAAGAGAUAACCAACAGUUGGAGAUAUGUGACGAACGUAAUGAAAGUCCGAUCAAGAUGACUAAUCAAGCUAAUGUGGUUACUCGAGAG